AUGAACAUUGGUAGAGCCCAUCCUAGGCCAACUGGCGAGGAUGGCGCCUACGAUCGAACAAGAUAUGUGUCAAUCGUCGAGUUAGAAAUCUGCCAACUCAGGCGCUGCUUGGAGGAGACAAACCAGUGGAAUGCUGAGUUGGAACGUGAGGCAGUCGUGGCCAGGGCGGCACAGGAGAAUAAUACUCAAAAUCAACCUGAUCCUGGAGUGAGAAGACCACGAGGCAGACCUCGUGGCUCACAAACUAGGAGGCAGAAGACAGCUCAGGAGAACCCUCAAAAUGCUCAGGAAGAACAACCUCGAAAAACUGAGGGUCCACCUGAAAACGAGCAACCGGGGAAACUGAGGGUCCCCCCUGAAAAUGAACAACCAAAUGAUCGGCCAAAACCUUCUCAUAGGAAUGACAAAAGAAGGCGACCAGAAACCAGGGAACAGGAAAUUCCUCGUGGAAACAAGAGAAAUCCUGGGACUCAACCUAGAGCACGUGGGUCACCAAUGAGGCACCGCCAACGUUCUUCCCAAAAAAAUCGGCAAGGGGCACGUACAAACCCCACUGGGGGGCACACAACGAACCACAGCGAAGGUAGAAGAAUGGGGUGUGAAGAGGCUAGUAUUACCUCAAGGAGCACAAGAACCCAUAACUCGUCAAUGCGAGGAGGAGAGAGUACUCGUCUCAACAAUGAUCGAGAAAGCACAUGCACUAGUAAAACUGCAAGUCAGUCAAGGACAACAUCCGUAAACAGGAUGAGGUCCAUGAGUAGGACAAAGUCCGUGAGUAGAACAAAGUCUGCUAGCAAUUAUAACAAAACAGGAUUUGCGAGAACACUUGAACUAGAAAAAACCUGA